UUUUCAUAAAUGCAAAAAGAUUGGGAAUGAUGAGCGAGGGGUAUGCUUGGAUUGUGACUUCUAAGGGCAUGAAUCAUUGGCAUUUAAGAGACUCAUCUAUCGUUGAGUCAAUGCAAGGCGUCCUUGGUUUUAGGUCUUAUACUCCAGCAUCGGAAGAGCUGCACAAUUUUACUUCAAGAUUAAGAACAAAAUUUUUUACUGAGGGGCCCCUUGAGAUUCAAGACAUGCAGUUAAAUAUACUUGGUUUAUUGGCCUACGAUGUUGCCUGGAGUCUAAAAAGUGCAGCCGAAAGGGUAGCGGUGAAAGUUUCCUUUAACAGCAAUCUAGAUGCUCGUUCAAACUCAAUGGAUUUAGAUAUCUAUAGAACAUCAAUGUAUGGUUCAAUGCUUCUCCAAGAGAUACUGCGCAGUAACUUUAAGGGUUUAAGUGGUGAAUUUCGAUUCAUCAAUGGGAAGUUAAUCUCAAAUGCAUUUGAGAUAGUUAAUGUGAUAAGUAAUGGGGAAAAAAGAGUUGGAUUUUGUACUUCCACUGGCAAAAUCACAAGGGAAAUAUACGAAUCCAAUCAUAGAAGACAGCUGCCUUUCACCAACAAUCUUGAAUCGAUAAUCUGGCCCGGUGGGUCUUCUACCAUUCCACAAGGUCGGAUGUUGCAAACGAGUGGUAAAAUCCUUAAAAUUGGUGUGCCUUUACAAGUAGGGUAUCCGCAAUUGGUGGAGGUGAAACGUGAUCCUCGCACCAAUGCUACAACGUUCACUGGUUUCUGUAUAGAUGUUUUCAAAGCUGCCCUGGAGGGUUUAGACUAUCAACUGCCAUAUCAAUUCAUCGCUUUCGAGGAUCCUAACGGAAAGAGAGCUGGAACUUACAAUGAGCUCAUUUACCAAGUUUAUCUCCAGAAAUUUGACGCUGUUGUCUGGGACACAACGAUCACAGCAAAUAGAUCCUUGUAUGUAGAUUUCACGACGCCAUACACUGACAUUGGCAUCGGAAUUGUGGCCCCAACCGAGAAUAAAGACAUGUGGAUUUUCUUCAAACCACUUGCGCCAAAACUUUGGCUAACAAUUGUUGGUUUUCACAUCAUAACCGGAUUUCUCAUUUGGCUAAUUGAAAGUCAAAGUCCUCGUCCUAGCGCUGAAAGCUUACCGUCCCAACGAAAUGGGUUCCCCUUCUCAAUCCUAGUUGGUCGUUGGGAACAGUUGAGAAACAACUGGUCAACAUUUUUAGCUGUUGUUUCGCUGUUCGUAAUGUUUAUAUUAAGUUCCAGCUACACUGCCACGCUGGCUUCAAUGAUGACGGUCCAGCAUAUUGAAUUGAACUCCAAGAGAAGUUACAUUGGAUACCAUGUGAGUUCAAAUAUCACGAAAGGAGUUUUGAUCAACAACCUAAAUUUUGAAGACGAUAGCCUUAAGCCAUUUAAUUCUAUAAAAGAAUUUGCUAAUGCAUUAUCAAAAGGAAGCAAAAAUGGUGGCGUCUCCGCUAUCCUUGAUGAGUUGCCAUACAUCAAGAUAUUUCUUGCAGAGCAUUCUGCCGAUUAUUCCUUGCUCAAAUCCUUGUCUACCACUAAUGGUUUUGGCUUCGUUCUUCCUAAAGGUUCACCACUGGUUCCUGACAUAUCGAAGGAAAUUGCAAGGCUGAGGGAAAGCGGGAGGCUUAAUAUGUUGGAAAAUACAUGGUUUAAAAGCAAAGCAUCACUGACAUCUGGGGAUAGUGCAGGCAAUGUGAGGCCUCUUACACCUACUAACUUUGGCGGGUUGUUUCUUAUCAGCGGAAUUCUUUCAGUUGUAGCAUUUCUCAUAUUUCAAAUACCUUUGCUCAACAAAUAUUGGCUUGCUGUGAGAAAUUGGAUGAUAAACUCCGUCAAUGUAUGGAGGCAAGUUCAUCAGUUUGGAAAAGAGAAUUUCUCCAUAAAUAUUUUUAGAAGGAUUAGGACGGCAAAUUCUGCUGCAACGCAUCCGCAGGUGUAAAUGAUUUAACUUCAGCAGAGACCGCUGUUAGGACAUCUUAUUUCCUUUUUUCUUUUUUCUAAUUCUUUAAACAUUUUUUUUUAUUU